CGACUUUCCUGCCGGCACCCAAGAAAACGAACCUGAAAAGAAGCAAGAAGGAAGGUUCUUGGCGUCGCCGCCUCGUUCGCAGGCCAGAUUGGAAGCAAAAGGCAGAGCUUUUCUCUUGUCAUCAUCGUCCAUCCCAUCUCUCUCUCACAGCUUCCUGUUACCUCGUCUCUCUCUGUGCCUUAAACAACCUCGCAUAGUCACAGGAUACGUCAAACGAGGAAUAAAGAGCUAAGCUGCCUUCUGACCAUGUCUUCAUCGCUGCUCUCCCGCUCCGCUCGUCUGGGCCUGGCCCGUCAGCCGUUGGCCGGCAACGCCAUCCGAUACAGAGCUCUGUCCAGCUUCAGAGCACCCACCAUCGCCAACGAACCCAAUGUAAGAACCCAAUUGAUCUGGGGGAUAUGAGCUUGUUUCUGUGAGCUGGUGAAAGCUGACUGGUGCACGCUGGUAAUUAGCAUCAUUACGCCCGAGGUUCGGAGCAGAGACGGGGGCUGCAGGCAGCCCUGGAGUCGCUCAGGGCCUCUCUCCCCGUCCAGGUUCCCUACCACUUCAAAGAUUCUUCUUCUGCCACCGCCGAUGUCCAGCGCAACCCCUCUGCCCACGCUGAAACUGUCGCCAAAUACUUCAAUGCCACUGAGGCGGACGUCUCGCGCAUGAUCGAGGAUGCACUCAAGGCCAAACCAGCCUGGGAGAGUCUCCCCUUCGCUGACCGAGCUUCCGUCUUCCUGAAGGCCGCUGACCUGGUGGCGGGGAAAUACCGCUACGAGAUCAUGGCAGCCACCAUGUUGGGCCAGGGCAAGAAUGCAUGGCAGGCCGAGAUCGACGCCGCUGCAGAGUUGGCUGACUUCCUCCGCUUCAACGUCCAGUACGCCGAGGAGCUAUAUGCUCAGCAGCCAGAGCACCAUGCACCAGGCGUGUGGAACCGAAGCGAGUACCGCCCCCUCGAAGGGUUUGUCUAUGCCAUUUCGCCCUUCAACUUCACGGCCAUCGGAGGUAACUUGGCUGGAGCACCUGCACUGAUGGGCAACGUUGUCCUAUGGAAGCCCAGCCCACAUGCCGUCUACGCCAAUUAUCUGACGCAUAAGAUCCUGCUCGAGGCCGGUCUGCCCAAGGAUGUGAUCCAGUUUGUGCCCGGAGAUGCCCAGAUGGUAACCAAGGUCGCUCUUGCGCACCGCGACUUUGCCGGCCUGCACUACACUGGCAGCACUGCUGUCUUCCGCGAGCUAUAUGGUAAGAUUGGCCAGGGAAUCGCUGCAGGCACCUACCGCAGCUACCCUCGCGUCGUGGGUGAGACUGGCGGCAAGAACUUCCACCUUAUCCAUAGCUCUGCCGAUAUCCAUAACGCUGCUAUUAACACCGUCCGGGGUGCGUUUGAGUUCCAGGGACAAAAGUGUAGUGCUACCUCUCGCGUGUAUGUGCCGCAGAGCCGCUGGACUGAAUUCCGGGACAUCCUAGUCCGCGAGACUGAGAAGCUGAAGAUGGGCCCACCAGAGGAGUUUGCUAACUUCAUUGGCCCCGUUAUCCACGAGGCUUCCUUUGACAAGCUGGCCGGCGUCAUCGAUGCGGCUAAACAGGACUCCAGCGUUAAGCUGCUGGCCGGCGGCCACCACGACAAGAAGCAGGGAUACUAUGUGCAGCCAACCGUGCUGCAGGUCAGCGAUGCCGAGCACGAGCUGAUGAAGAAAGAGUUCUUUGGCCCCGUGCUGGCCGUGUACGUCUACGAUGACGCUGCUGGCGAGAGCGCGUUUAGAGAGAUGUGCAGCCUGAUCGACCGAACGACGGAUUACGGACUGACAGGCGCGGUGUUUGCGCAGGACCGCAACGUGCUCCGAUUGGCUGAAGACGCGCUGCGCCACUCGGCCGGUAACUUCUAUCUCAACGUCAAGAGCACCGGCGCCGUGGUCGGCCAACAGGCCUUUGGCGGCGCCCGGGCGAGCGGCACCAACGACAAGGCCGGCAGCGCCAACCUGCUCACCCGCUUCGUCAACAUCCGCUCCAUCAAGGAGGACUUCCUCGGCUGUUCAGAGGUCGAGUAUCCCAGCAACAAAUAAGUAGACCUCGUCGCUCUCGUCGCUCACGAUGCUAUCCUUUCUAUCAUGCUGCUUGCCCGACAUCGGCCGGCCCUGCCAAGGCGGUCCAGGCCUUAAUAAAAUACCCUAAAAUAAACAGAAACGAAGAAAACUCUGCCCUACCCCGUGACCUGUCCCGUGACCCCUGCCGAGGAUCCGCUUUCGGGCAGUUAGGGCUUGAAC